GGCACGGCAGAGCAGCUCGUGGCCAAUGGCGCGUGAGCUCCGCCGAGAGUAAUGUUAGUGAGCUGAAGACUGAAGACACUGCGUAUCGCCCGUGUUCCUCACACAGCCAUUGCAGAGCAUUGAGAUCCAGCCACAGUCACUAGAUCCAGUUGCCAAGAUGGGGAAAGAUCCUUGUAAGCCGAGGGGGAAGAUGUCCUCCUACGCCUAUUUUGUCCAAACCUGUCGAGAGGAGCAUAAGAAGAAGCACCCAGACGCUUCUGUUAACUUUGCGGAGUUCUCCAAGAAAUGCUCUGAACGGUGGAAGACAAUGUCUUCCAAGGAAAAGGGCAAGUUUGAGGACAUGGCCAAACAGGACAAGGCCCGUUAUGAACGUGAAAUGAUGAACUACGUCCCACCAAAGGGCAGCAAGAAGAAGAAGUUCAAGGACCCCAACGCCCCCAAGAGACCCCCAUCUGCCUUCUUCAUCUUUUGCUCCGAGUUUCGUCCCAAAGUGAAGGGUGAGAAUCCAGGGCUGACUAUCGGUGAUGUGGCCAAAAAGCUGGGAGAGAUGUGGAACAGCACUGCUGCUGAGGACAAGCAGCCCUAUGAGAAGAAGGCCCUCAAACUGAAGGAGAAGUAUGAGAAGGACAUCGCCGCUUACCGUGCUAAGGGCAAGACUGGGGGUGCUCCUCCAGCCAAAGCUCCCAAAACGGAGAAGAAAGAGGACGAUGAUGAUGAUGAUGAUGAAGAUGAUGAAGAAGAUGAAGAGGAUGAGGAAGAUGAUGAGUAGAGCACCCCCUCAUGGUCAUUUGUUUAUAAAGCAUUUAACCCCCUUGUACACUUCACUUACUGAAAUACAUUAGUAACUUUGGAGGGGGUAAUGGAAAAAAAAUACAAAAAAAAGGCUGUGUAUAUCGGUUGUUUUUAUGCUGUACAGUUUUUUUCUCCUUUUUUGUAUAGUUAACACUACACAGGUUUUGUGUCUUAUUUUCCCAGUGGUAGAUAUUAGACCACUGUUCCGCCCAGUACAGUGUAAAGUGGGGCGGGCAAACAGUACUAUAUACCCUAUAGCUCUAGAGGUGCACUGCACAUAAAAAUACUUAGAUAAUCUGAGUGGUUUCUUUAUUUUUCCUUUUUGUGUGUUUGUUAUUUUAAAUGACAUGUUAUCAGAAAUUGACGUAUCACCAUUGUUUUACUGAUCUUUAUGUACCACUGUAAUAGCAGAAGAAAGCCUUGUUUAUUGUUGAAAUUUAAAUUGCUUCUGAUGUCAAUAAACAUUUUUUUU